AUGUUAGAAGAAGUCUUACCCUACGUUUCAGAUCAAGCAAGUGGUGGUCAACAACAACAUCAUCAUGUUCUUGAAAACCGGAAGGCCCUCAACAUCAUCAACAUGUUACAAGCCGGAAGUACUCCUCAUAGUAGCUUACUCGAGGAGGUCCUGAACCUGAAUCCGCACGAUUUCUUCCUACCGAAUAAGGGAAAACUACCACUACCCAAUCCUGAAUUCUCGCUCUUGCCAUCUGCGACCGAUUCAGGGAGUAACAAGGCGCUGACGUCUGCACAAAAGGUUAGGGGGGCUUUACCUUAUUUACUAGUUUGGUCGAACAAUUGGAAUUCAUUUUGACGUCGAGAAGAAGCGUCUUAUUUGUUCUUCUUGUGUCCUCCUCCUUCACUGAACUACAAGGGGAACGAUCGAGACACGUCAAAUCUCAUAUGAAUCACUUGUUCAAGAUGAAUUAAUUCUGUCUUUUUGUGCUAGUAUAGGUACAAUCAUCACCAUGAUCAUGCCGAUGAAGCUCGUCUUCUAAUUUCGAAGCCUUUCGCAUUCACCACAAGAAUGGCACAGCGUUGCAAAAACGGAUGGCCCGUGAUGCCGAAAUAGCUAAAACGGUUGGUCUAGCAUCCCCAUUCGUGCAGGCACAGCAUGUUAAGGCUACAACAAGAAAUCCAAUUUCCCCAGGAUCUUAGAUACUUCGUCCCUUUUUUAUUUCAAGGGGACCAAGAUGAACCGGAGGAUGGACUUCCCCUACAGUUCCUUCUAAGCAUGGAUCCUUACUGUUCACUUGUCCUGCUGGCUUCUCACAUAUUCGGGAGAAGCGGCCUGGCGUAACAUGGUUACUUGGUGUCGCAAAUAGUGCGCCACUCAGCACAGUGCUGCCGGGGACUAGUUAUGAUGAGAGUCAAUGUGAUAUCUUAGAAGUUGAAGUACUUAGAAGUCAUACACUGUCUCAAACAUACCACGACCACAAACAUGGGUCUGAAUUUCAGCAAAAUAAAUGUGUUUGUUGAUAAGGGAACGAAGAUGGCGAUAUCAACAUCUUCUGGCCAAAAAUGGCAACUAUGACUAUGUUGCAGGAGAAGACCUCGACCUCAUCUGCUCUAAGUCCUUGAAGAGACUUCCUUGCGUCAGUUUCUAUGCGUGAACGAUGGCGGCGCGCUCGACCCUGUCUCCAUCAAGCAGAAGCAAAACAUGUUCAGUGCGACGAUGAAUACUGCCCUAGGUCGAAAACAAAAUCCUAUCAACCAAAUCUCCGGCAUUGGCAAGAAGACUGAGGCUAGCUUAACGGCAAAGGAAAGAGAAGUGAAAGCAGCUCAAGGAGGCAUAAUGCCUAGUUGGAGUGGGACAUUACGGACUAUCAGUCACUCGUCAUUGCUAUUUGAGAUAGUUGUAGGAGCUUUUGUUGAGGUAUCACGCUAGGGAUUGAGCGAAAACAAUACUUGAGUGUGGCCUUCUGUCCGGCAAAUUCUGGUUGAGAUGAAAAAAUAAGUUACUUAAGGAGGAAAGGUAGCACGUGAUGAAUAUCUUAAGCCGCUUCCAAAUAUGCGACUAAAACAAAAAAAUAUCUGAUUAUAAUUAAGUAACCUCCUCCCUUAACAGGCUGCUUGUGUACAAAAUUCCCCCUUAUGUUGAGGUGUGCUGCAAAUCUAGAUUGGCUUCUUGCCUUUAUAUAGGGUCGAGGUUUAGGCCCAGCGGCGCUCAAAGCACUAUCUAAAUAAAACAACCGGUUCGUUUUUACCUCUAGCGUGUAGCCCCUUCGGACAAUAGUUGUAGGAGCUUGCUCGCUUCCAUGUUGAUGCUCUACUUGUACUUGGUAGUAGUUGUGCUAUCACUAUUACAAUACAGAGACGCAGAUGGAUUCCCUACGAGUAAUUUCUGAGACACGCGAUCGAUCCUACUAAGCCAGAGCCACAUUUUCGUUUUCAUCCUUCUUCUAACAUUCCUCCUGCACAAAGACGAGUCGCGGUCCGACAGAAAGAUGCUAAAGGCCUUACCGCUAGUGCGCUAUUUAGACGCAAAACAUAAUGCAGCAUUAGACGUGUGGCCUGCGCAGGUGACAGUAACAGGUGACAUCGCCACUAAACCAGGCAGCACUCGUUCCUCCUGUGCACUUCGAAGUAAGCGGUUUAAGAUGUGUUAUCCACUGGAAGAGGGAUCUGCUAGUACACCAGAAAGAGGAUGUCCACGUCGUCAAGACCAUCAGACAUUCACAACUAUGGUAUGCGCUAUGGUCCCGGCAGAGGGUACUGUUGAUAUGAGCUGAACACGCCUGAGGACAGGAGGAGGUUCUCUACUGCUGGUAGACUUUUUUCUAAAAAACAUGAAUGUCAACGAACGGUGAUCACAAAAU